UGUGAGGAAUUUGAAAGUGUGUGACGUGUAAGCACAUAAUUAAAUAUUGAGGUGCAACAAUCUAUAUGCGAAAGUUAAAUACCGAAAUUAAAUGUAUUUUAUAAAAUAUCAUCUAAGUCAAGCAAAAAUUCAGUGCAAACGUAAUAAAAGCAGUGUAGAUUUAAAACUGCGUAAUCAAAAUGAUACGGAGUGUAUACAAAGUAUCGUUUGAAUUUCAUUUGACAGCUGUUGCGAAUGAUUGUAUGUAGAGCAGUGGACGCUAAUUGUCAGCUGAUUGGUGAGGCAGCAAUGUUGUUGCACUCUUGCAUAAAUCCCAAAAAAAUAUUGAACGUGGAAUCAAACUUGUAAAAAUUAACACAUAAUUAAGAAAAAAUCAAGUGCCUAACAAGGUCAAUGCAGACAAUUGAAAAUUGAGCCGAUUAAACACUGUAAAUUUGACAAAUUAAAUAUAAUAUCCUCCGAUAGAAAUUGUGUUUUGAUAGCAACAUUGUUUCGACCUUCACCACCAGCUGUGCGCGGCAACAAACCAAAAUCCAAUUGUUGAAAAUUCAAUGUGGUUUCACCAUCAAUUGUUCAAGUGCACUUCUAAACUAUAAUAUUGUAAUUGUGAUGGAAAACCUGUGUAUGUGAAAUUUAAGUAAUAAAAAAAUAAAAAAAAAAAUCAAACUUCGGAACUGUAAUGAGAAUAAGAAGAUUUGCUGCGCUAGCUUUGUUAAAUUUAUUGAAUAAUUUGCUACACGCCUGGAAUUUGAUAGCUGUCCUUGAAAGGAAUUUUAUUUCUAUUUUACGGAGCAUACCUUUUUCAACACUCUUUUUCGUUGCAAUGGACGGCGAAGGUGGCGAACAACGUGAUCAUAUAGAACACGUACCAGGAGAACCUAUGGAUGAGGAUGAUGAGGAACCCGUGAUGGGUUUGGGUUAUGAUGUUGAUGACGAAGACGACGAAGAUGUUGAUGAGGAGAAUGACGAUGAAGAUGCGUCGGACAUGUCUAGCGACACAGAUUCCGACUAUUUUGUUGAAAUGGAUAGCGACGACGCAUCUGAUAAUUAUAUACCUGGUUAUGGUGGCGAUUCUUCAACCAAUUCGGAAAGCGAAAGUGAAGUUGGCAGCAGUACAUUUUCUAAUCAAAGAAUUCGCAUGCCUGCUAAGCCCAUAUAUACUUUUAAACCUCAACGUUUAAUGAAGUGUAAUUAUAAAAAGCAUUGUGCACCAAGAGACUAUCCCUUCGCGCGAAGUGGUCAUCGUGUAGUCGCUUCCGAAUCGCAUCUCUAUACAUUAGGAGGUUACAAUCCAAGCAAUAGCAAUGCAGCCAUACAUGGCAGUGGCAUGCUUUUUCAAGAGCUAUGGCGUUUUAAUUUGGCAACUAAACGUUGGGUGCUAUUGCACAAUCCUUCAACGAAUCGAAAUAUGCCAGGAGAAUUGGCAUCAAAUGCGCUUAUCAUUAGUAAUAAUUUAUUAAUCUCUUACGGUGGGACUGGAUAUCCCUUCGGUGAAUCUUGCUCAAAUGACUGCUAUAUUUAUCAAACACAAGUUGAUAAACCCAGUGUUAUGCGUAUUGAGGCUACUGGUGAUGCGCCAACACCACAGUAUGGUCCGGGUAUUGUCUUACACGAACAUUAUUUAUAUACAAUCGGUGGAACAACUGGCUAUGAUUACUCUUGUGAUGUGCAUCGUCUAAAUUUGCGCACACGCGUGUGGGAAUGCGUUUAUAUAUGCCGACCAUAUAUUCGCGAAGAUCCCGAGGGUCGUUACCGACAUGAAGUGGUCUACGAUGGUCAAUACAUCUAUGUGCUCGGUGGUGGCACUUCAAAUUUAGUAUACGAUUUGGAACGGAUUCCUGCAUUUAAUUUGAAAACGAAUCGCUGGGAAUAUUUCGACACGCUACCCGAUAGAUCAUCACAACCAAACCAACAAGGUUCGCGACCAAGUUCUGGGUACCCAAAACCAAGAAAGUGCUUUUCCUGCGUCCAGCACACAACAUCUAAUGGCGAUGUCGAAGCUUUCAUAACAGGUGGCUUACAGUCUGAUCAAGUAUAUUUUGCUGAUAUAUGGAAAUUAAAUUUUACAACUAAACAAUGGACAUUAAUACAAACAGCGGCGCUGCCAAAACCAUUGUACUUCCAUGCAGCAGCUCAUAGCCAAAACGGUUGUAUGUACAUAUUCGGCGGUAUUGAAUAUGAUAUUAAGCGAAUACGUCGGUGCAAUGAUCUCUACAAAAUGUGGAUGACCAUACCAAAGUUAAGCGAAAUUUGCUGGGAGGCUGUGCUGCAUUAUAGGCCAAACCUUAAAGCGUAUGGUCACACACAGUUACUUAAAAUGGGUAUACCACUACGCUUCGCUCAUCGUUUGUGGUAUUCUACCAAAACCAAAUGAUUAUUAAAGAAUUGAAUGGAAGAACAUUUGGCCAUUAACGCAUUAGUAUUGAAUAAACAAUUAACAGUAGUGGUGAAACAAGCAAAGAAAAUAAUAUAUAAACAAAAUAAUUAUAUUUAUAAAUGGAAAACCUAAUGCUUACGUAUCGUGUGAUGAUAAUUAUUUGAAAUAUGUUCGUUUAAGAAAAUACAUCGAAAAUAACAAUGAACAUAGCUUACUGUGCGCCAUUUUUCAAGUUUUCAAGAAUAUCUUAUAAAAGUUAAUAUAUUUCCGGUGCUCUAAUGCAAUGUAUACGAGUUUGAUCAAAGAUACAAGAACCACUAUAGAUAUGUUAUUUUUUCUUUUUGUGAAAAGUAAGAAACACACUUUCAAUGCUAGUCAUACAUACAUAUAUCGGAUAUCAGAGAACUUCACAACUUUAACAUCAAUACUCACGUUUAGAUUGGGCCACAGCUCCAUAUGCAUACGCACAUGAGCAUACAUAUGUAUUAUAUACAUAAGUGUAAAUUAAAAUAAGUUAGUAACACCCAAUUUCAUAAAUGGUCGAGUAGAGUCUGAUAGCUUUUGCUAAAAAUUAACCUACACGUGUAUGUGCGUAUGUAUGCAAUUAGAUUUUCCAAAAAAUAAGUAAUGUAAUUUAUAAGUAUAACAGCGUUUUUGAGCUACACUUUGCGAACUAAUGUUUCGCAAAAUUUGGUUUUGAACUCAUCAUGUCUGCAAUAUUUAUGUAAUUUUUGCUUCAGCCAAAUAAUUCGAGCCAACAAAGCAUUGCAAAUAAUUAUGAAUAAUGAGAUCAAUGAUAAAGAAUUUGAAAACAAUGAACACCGAGCAGUUACAAUUGUACAUAUUUAAAUAUAUGUACAUGUACGAAAAAAGUAAUGAAGCGCAUAUGCAUAUGUACAUAUGUAUCUACAUAUAUAUACAUUUUGUGGUACAUGCAUAUGUACAUACAUACGUGCUUAUUGCCAAGGCUAUGCUAGAAAUUUAGUCUUAGUACAUAUGUAUGAAACAUAUUUAGCUAAAGUUAAUUUUUAAUUGUAAAUAUAUGAAUGCAAUAAAAAAAACUUUCAGAACAA